AUGCCUCCUGCUGGAUCGCCCUAUGCAUCGCCCCACGCCUCCCAGCGCACUCCUCUUCCAAAGUUAAACGAUGUCGAUAAUGAUAAGACAUCAACCAUGAGCCACGCUUCCGGUGGAUCUCGUGUCGAGCACGCUCUUGACGCCCUUCAGACUGUUGCGGGCAACAGAGUCCGUCAUGCUCGCUGCGCGCCCGAGUUUUUGGAGGAGAUUGCCACCAAGGGUGUUCAGGACAGCCUCAAGAAAUCGCCACAUAGAAAGUUCAAGAUCGUACAUGGUUCUGAGGCUAGGACCUACUUCAAAAACUACCUCCGAGACCAUGGCCCUGAUUCUGAACAAUCACGAAAACAUAACGACAAAUUAACGACUGAACCAAUGCCCUCGCCUAUUGUAUUUGCUGUUACGGUCUGGGAGGGGAGCAUCAAAUGUGUUGACUAUUACAUGACAUGGCGCGGGAAGAUGAAAUCUCUUCAGGGAACAGAGUUCGAGCGUCGUGCCACUAUCCUUGACUCGGAGUUUCGACGAUUGGCCAAGGGGCUCGACAAGGAGUACAAGAGUAUAUCGUCUCUGCGGAAUUACGCAAACUUAUCCAAAGGGACCCGAAAGUUUGACAAAAAACACUCGUCCUCUCGUCCCCCUGCGGGUAUCAAGGCUUCUACACCGGAAGAAUCUUCGCCCGUGCUAGCUGCCACACAACCCCCGCUUCCUGAACCUCCUGUUUCUGCUACUGACAGUGUGAUGUCGCUCCCCUUGCUCAACAUGAUUCGAGGAGUUCCCUUUAGCCACCGAGUUCCUCUCCGAGUUGCCAACCCAGACCGUCUUUCUGUAAUAUCUGAUACUUCACUUCUGCCUGCAGAAGUGCAGAAUGCUCUCGAUGCUCACAAUAUCAAGUCUAAUGUCCCCAACAGCACCACAGUUCCUGCGGUAGUUCGAUCGACUAAAGAUGAUCGCUCUUCCGACCAGUCUAUCAAAGAUUCUUCGGCCAGCAUCCGUUCUUCCGAUACCAAAUCCAGUAAAUCGUCGAGAUCGAGUCACUCUACCUCCUCUUCGGACAACUAUGAUUGUAAUCAUCAUGCAGGUGACAUUGUCGACCACCAUACACGAAGCUCGUCACGAGAUAUUCCAGAGUUUUUAAUCAUACUAUUGGGCGAUAAAUUGGAGAUAGACACAACUUCAUGGCAUGGGCUCGAGAGGCAAACUUCAGUUAGAAGUCUCCCUGCUGAACGUCACUCUCCAUGGAUUGUUCCUGUUGUCCGCUCAGAAAGCAGCCAUCGAUUUUCGUCGGUAUACACGGCCAACGACUCGGAUUCUGAUGAGUCGGACGACGAGAUAGGCUGGAAGAAUACACCUGUGGUCCCUGUAAAACCCCUGAUGGAGGCAAUGGGGAUUCUACCUAAUACGACAUACUAUCACAACGCACCUGUAGUCCCAGGUGGCCUACAUUAUCAUCUUUCUGUUGCCAGUUCAACUUCCUCAUCACAAUCCCACAGUCAGUACAUGUAUAAUAGCCCGCAACAGGAGUCUCCAGCAUAUCUCCCGAUGUGGCAUGCUCCGUCACAAGCUCCGUCCAAUCCUCCUUCACGCCCAGCUUCUCGUGCUUAUUCAUCUGCUCCUUAUGCGAGUCCGUACGCAAGUCCGUACGCCAGUCCGUACAUGCAGAGCCACACCGGUCCUUUCUGA